GAGUACAGUUGCAGUUCACAGUGCACUAUAUUACAGUGAAAAUAGGAUAUUCGCCGCCAACCGUUAAUGUACUAAACGGCAAAAAGCAACAACUUGGUGGGCCAACGACACAUUACUGGGCUUCAGUCCAACCGACAUCCGGGUUGUGACCCCCGAAAAUGGGUUUGAGUUGAACGGUGCCCCCUUCCUUUCUUUCCUGGGUUGUCGUCGGAUUUCCAGGCGAGUAGCUGUGGGUGCUAACGCUAGCAGGCUAGCUCUCCGAGAAGAGCAGACAACCGCUGGCCGCUGCCACCGUCUCCCGGACUGCUUCUCUGUGCUGUUAGCGCAGCCAUGUUCGUGCAGGAGGAGAAGAUAUUUGCCGGUAAAGUGUUGAAAAUACACAUCUGCACGAUGGACGGCACGGAGUGGCUGGAGGAGGUCACGGAAGACACCACUGUUGAGAAACUGAAGGAGAGGUGCUUGAAACAUCAUGUGCAUGGAAGUCUAGAAGACCCUAAAACUCUCACCCAUCAUAAACUCAUACAUGCUGCUACAGAGAGAGUCCUCAUCGACACCAAAACCAUUGCUGAUGAAAACCUUAAAGACAAAGAAGUUUUGCUGCUUAUAAAGAAAAGACCGCCGCCAACCCCUCCCAAGAUGGCAGAUGUUAGUUCAGAGGAAAAAAAGAAACAAGAUACCAAAGCUCCAGAUAAAGAUGCUAUCCUGAAAGCCACUGCCAGCCUGUCCACGAGGCACACAGAGCGCACUGUUACGCAGCACAACAUCAGAGACUUUCAAACAGAGCUUAGAAAAAUCCUGGUUUCUCUUAUUGAAGUUGCCCAGAAGCUUCUUGCCUUGAAUCCUGAUGCUGUUGAACUCUUCAAAAAGGCCAACGCAAUGUUAGAUGAAGAUGAGGAGGAUAGAGUGGAUGAAACAGCCCUCCAUCAACUCACUGAGAUGGGUUUCCCUGAAAGCAGAGCCAUCAAAGCACUUAGACUCUGCCACAUGUCAGUAACCCAGGCCAUGGAGUGGCUGAUCGAACACGUAGAUGACCCCACUGUAGACGCACCUCUACCUGGACAGGACUCGGCCGGGGCAUCAGGAGCCGCAGCAGCAACAACGCCGGGCCCCUCAGCUUCAGCCUCAGCUUCAGCAAAUGUUCCUUCAAAUCUCUCCAGGCAAUCGAGCUCAGAUGAGAGCAGUCGGCAGGACGAGCUCACAGAGAUCUUCAAGAGAAUACGCAGGAAAAGAGAGUUCAGACCAGACUCACGGGCUGUGAUCGCAUUGAUGGAAAUGGGCUUUGAUGAAAAGGAGGUGAUUGAUGCUCUCAGAGUGAAUAAUAACCAACAAGAUGCAGCGUGUGAGUGGCUGCUGGGAGACAGGAAACCAUCUCCAGAAGAUCUAGAUAAAGGAAUAGACACCAACAGUCCGCUGUUUCAAGCUAUUCUGGAAAACCCUGUGGUUCAGCUGGGUCUAACAAAUCCCAAGACUCUGUUAGCAUUUGAAGACAUGCUGGAGAAUCCUCUGAACAGCACCCAGUGGAUGAACGACCCCGAGACCGGCCCCGUCAUGCUCCAAAUAUCCAGAAUCUUCCAGACCCUCAAUCGCACAUAGAGCCUGCUGAUUACCCUCGUGUGAUUGUGGCAGCUCGUGUGUAUGUAUGAUCAGAGCAGGACGUGUGAACGGAUGUAACACAAAUAGAGUUUACCUUUUUUUUUUCCUGCCUUGUAAAGGAAAAGCCAGAUGAGUUGAAAGUUUGAAUUAAAAUGUUACACUAUUUAUAACGAUACAAUAAAAUUGCCUAUACAAAACAGAUGAUAUUAUCAUUACAGUAAUAUUUAAAGACAGAUUUAAUAUGUUCUUUUUACAUAUUGAAAACAACCUAAAUAUAUGACAGACAGUUUUUUUCUGGAAUUUCUCUAUGAAGAAAUGAUAGCAGGCAUCAAUUUAAUGUUUACACUUUAAAGAAAAAACAGUUUUUUAAUGAUUUGCAAUAUUUAAACCUCAUUACAGUCGUCUCGGUUUUCUUUGAAAUGUUACAGUUUAUCAGUGGUGAAUGUAAGUAGGAGUUCUGUCAUGUUCGGGCUUCUACUUCCAUCAGGAGAGCAGGAUGCUGUCUGAGCUCAAAGCACACUUUCAGUUGCACUUCUUGGUUCAGCGUUUUGACAUACACUCAUCAAUGGGAUGUUUAAUUACCUCGUACUUUUAUUUGCAUAGAAGUUCUGUUUUAAAAAAUAUUCACGCAGGAUCCAAAUUAAAAAAUGCAUGCAUGUUAUAUCUCCAUAUAUUCCCACCAGUAUUUUGUUACAAGACCCUCUGGUUGUGGGGUGUUCAUCUCGUGCUUUUUGCAGCCACAAAAUUAGCUUCUGGUUUAAAUUAACUUGAUGUUGAACCGCUUUUCUUGAGAGAACUGGAAGAUUUAUUGGGUUUAAAUGGUUAAAGUUGUUCAGGUUAAACGUAGAAUCCACAGAUUUUCUAAAGGGUGGGUUCCUGGCUUUGGGACAGCUAUUCUAGAAACCUGCUUUAUCCAUUUCAGAACCACUUCUAAAGUGUUUCAUCCAUUAAGCCAUGGAUUGGAAAGCUAAAUAUAUACAAGAAUAAAAAUAAUAAAAAACCUUUCCUCAAUAUUUAGUCCACUUUAUGCAAAGCAGAGGUACUGCUUGCAGUGAAAGAGCCCCAACAGCAUGAUACCGCCACCACUAUGUAUUAUAGUAGAUUUAGUAUGGUUUACUACUAAACUCAUCGAGGCCAAACAGCUUAGUCUUUAGUGUUUUUCAGGCGGCGUCAAUCUUGUUUGAUUGGGAAGCUAAGGUGACGAUUUUGGAGACGGGGCCUCUAUCCUAAACAGCACUGGCUUGGUCCAAACUAAAAAGUUGGUUAGGAGUGUCUUUAACUUCACUAGUUAGAGUAAUCCUUCAGGACAGACAUUUGUGCUUCCUGUUAGGAUAAUGAUCCUGAACAUUUUUAAUUAGCUUUAGAAUCCAGUUAGAAUUCUAAAGCAAAGCAUCUAGAAUCGGCUUCAACCAGGUCCAAUCCGGAAAUCCAACCAUUUCAUAGAAGCUCAGCAGUUCUACCUAGAAAAGUGGUGGGUUGUAUUGUCCACAUUAUUCCAGAAGCCUUUUAAUGGCUAAAACAAACGUUGAAUAUUAGUGUGGAUGUGUGUUUAUGUUUCAGCUUGUAUAGAUCAGAGGAAAUUUACAAGAAAUGUCAUUCUAUUUCUUGGUUCCAUCCUUAUUUCAUGGUAAAAAAAAAAAAAAGUAUAAUUAUUAAUAAUGAGAUUCAGGCCAAUGAUGAGUGUCUGUAAACCUCUGACUGGAACUGUGCUUAAUUACCUCUCUCCAUUUACACUCAGUAAGUCAAACACCUCUCACCCAACAGGGGGAAACUUUUGUCAGUUUCAAACAUUAAAAUUUUUUUGCCUUUUCAGAGAGACCUUGUACUCUAAAUUGCAUUUUGGUCCUGAUUUAGUGAAGAGUAUGUCACAGUAGGCCUGUGCGCGUUUGUGGUCGAUGUGGACUUGAAUGUCUUUCUAUCUGCGCCUCCUUAGCACUUCUUUGAUCACUGCUCACUGCAGCACAGAUCGCGUCAAAGCGUGGAUUGUGGGCCACCCGAAACGUCUGGAGUCCGUCAGUAAAUGGAAACGGAGGAGGGUUGCCUUUUUAAACCUUAAAUAUGAAUCUUUGAAUGAUAAUGAUGUGAUCAGAUCAUGUUGCUGGGGCACAAACAUCUUUAUACACACAAAGACACAAGCUGGAACGCAACCAGCAGAUCUUUUUAGUUUCCAGUUUGUUUGUUUUUUCUUCUGAGAGCAAUGAACACCUUAUGCUGUCAAACAAACCAAAAUGUUCCUGUAUGUCAUGCCUUGUCACUAGUUCUACCCAGUGGAGGAAAAAAAAGUGUAUUUCUGUGCAAUAGUAAAGACUUAAAGAUAUGUA